AUGGCUGAUGACAUUCAAAAACUUAAAAAUGAUAUAGCAUUAAAUCAAGUAAUAGUAUUUAUUGGUACAGGUGUAUCUGUUUAUACGACAAAAAGUGAGCAGGACGUUUCUCAUUGGAACGGAUUAUUAAAAGAUGGACUCCGACGAUGUCAACAAUCAGGAUGCAUGAGAGAAGAAGAAUUUAAGGUGUUCAGUAAUACACUAGAUAGUGGCACAGCAGACGUUGACUCCUAUUUGGAUAUUGCCGAUAUAAUUAAAUAUUAUCUUAAACUUCCAAGUGAUCUUGUAGAAAACGAGAUUUAUAACAAAUGGUUUGAAAAGACAGUAGGCAAAUUAUCUGUAAAAAAAUCGGACUUGAUCGAAAGUAUUGGAGAAUUGGGAUGCCCAAUUUUAACAACUAACUAUGACUUACUUCUCGAACGUAUACUUGAUAGAAAGCCAUUAACUUGGAAUCAAUAUCAGACUUUUAGUGUGAAUAAUUCGUUGGAAGCUUUACAGAAUUAUAUUCUACAUUUACAAGGAUAUUUCGAAGAACCAGAUAGUAUAGUUUUCAGUAGAGAUGAUUACAGUCGGAUGUAUGAUAAUAAUUUAGAACAAUCAAACUUUCGAACACUUCUGGAAACUAAAACUUUGCUAUUCAUUGGAUUUGAUGUCGACAUCGUAGACGUAAAUUUAUCCAAUUUAUUGAAAUGGAUAACUCAUUUAACAGAUAAUAAACCAUUAUCGAUCUAUAAACUUGUUUCAACAACUAAAACUAAAAUUUUUAAGCAAACAUCAGAUGUUUCAUGUUUGGCAAACAUAAAAGAAAUUCAAUAUGACCGAAGUUUAGAAAAUUUAUUACAAUUUAUACGAAAUCUCAAAUCUUUUACGCCACUCAUACGUGAAAAUUUAUCAUUAACCAACAAAACAGAAAACAUUCGAAAAAAAUAUUUGAAUUAUCUUAUUAACGAAUAUGGACACGUAUCGAUACUUGGACAAUCUGAUAGUAACGUUAGUUUACCUUUAGAAAGUGUAUAUGUCAAAUUGAAAUUCGAUCCAACACAUCUAUCGAUUAGAGCGAUGAAAAUGCUCGAUAUCAAUGAGGAAUUUGAGCGAAAACUUUCAUCGCCUGGGUUUUUUACCGAGACCGAAAGGCGACAAUUAAAUAGAGCUAUCGUCGAAAAAAAGACUUAUAAUCCUCAAGUGAUCUAUAGGGAUUUCAUGGUCGAUCAAUGGUUAAACGUUUUGUUAAGUAAUACAAAUAUUUUCACUGCAAGUGACGCGACUGCCAUAAAAGAUAAAGUCAAUCAAUUAAAGCAAAAUAUCUUCGAAAAAAAUAAUCUUAAAGAAGCAAAACAAUACGAAAUCACACAAGCAUACUCUGAGUUCAGACAUUUUAUCAUUCUAGGUCAUCCGGGCUCAGGCAAAACUACUAUAUCGAAAUGGUUGGUGAUGAACAUGGCUAAACAGUGUUUAAAUGAGAGUAAUAUGUUGGCUACUAAUAGGUCUUCUGAAAAAGAAAAACUUCCAAUUCUUAUUCCAAUAUGGAAAUAUGUUGAUCAAUUAAAGGACAAUCGAGUCGGACGAAAAAGAACUUUACUUGAAUUUAUCUACGAGAAUCCUACUUUGAGUUCAGCAUGUUUCACAGAUGAAGAACAAAAACAACUAUCAUGUUUGAUUAGAGAAGCAUUGGUACAAGGAAAUGUUUUAGUUAUUUUCGAAGGCUUAGAUGAAGUUCCUGCACAUGUCGAUCGAACCGAUUUAAUGAAAGAAAUAAAUACAUUAUUAGAACGAGGCAUCGAUUACGAUGUUAUACAUGACAAACUUACCUAUUCUGUUUAUGAAAAAAAAGAAAUAAAUAAUACGAAAGAUCCUCUUAUCGGCAAUCGAUUUAUUAUCACAAGUCGCAUUGAAGGAAAUUAUUUUGAAAAUAUCAAUUUUUAUAUUCCACGAUUAAUUAUCGAAGACAUGACGAAUGACGCACUUAAAUUAUUUUGUAAUUCAUAUAUGAAAUAUAUUUCUAUCGAAGCAGGAAGAAGCACUGAAGAAUACAACAUGGAUCAAUUAUACGAUGCUAUAACACAAAACAAAGAUAUUUUUCAUCUAGCCAUCAAUCCACAACUUGCUAGUGUCGUAGCUGGAGUCUAUACCCAAUACGAUGAUAAACUACCAGAAAAAAGAAUCGAUCUAUAUGAAAAAGCAAUCGAAAAAAUGAUAGAACGCUUGGUACAUCCUUGCGUUGAUACUUCCGUAAACUAUGUAAGUAAAGCGUUUGGAUUGAAUUCUACUUUGCUAUGGUCAAUAAUGCAAGAUAUAGCUGAAUAUUUACAUAGCAAAGUUGAAGGUCUAUCAGAGAAAGUACUACAGGAAAUUAUAAGAAAAUGUCUUAUCGACUAUCAGACGCGAUCAUCUGAAAAUCUUUUAAUGUCUCUUGAUGAUUUCGUUGCAAAAUUUGUCGAUGUUUUUAAAUAUCAAGCAGGUUUAUUUAAUGAAUUUGGUCAAAAUAGUUUUCGAUUUAUACAUCGUACAUUUCAAGAAUACCUUGCAGCUAAAAGUAUUAUCUAUUUGAAUGGAAGUGAACGAUCUGAAGAUAUGAUCUACGAAAUUAUUAAAAGUCGAAUUGGUAUACCGAAUUGGAGAGUUCCACUGAGUAUGACAUUUGGAAUAUUAAGUAAAUUAUCUCAACAUAAUGGAUUAUUUAAUAAUAUUCUUAUGAAAUUGUUAAAAAACGAAGAGACUUCAUCAAAUACUCGAUUUUCAACACUUCUACUGCCAUUUGUCGUCGUUGAUUCAUUGAACGAUAUGUAUUUUUCAUCAGAUGACAUAGAAUGUAAAUUGAUUCGAAAAUUAGCCGAUAUGCUAUUGCUCGAUUAUAGCAAUAUGUGCGGAUUUUCAAGAUUAAAGGAACAUCAAGAGUUGAUUCAUUCGUAUUUUUUAAAAUUGAAAAUAAAAUAUAGUAAAACAAUGACCGAAUGGUUCAUCGAAAAGAUCAAUCACGAAGAAACUGUUGCUCCAUGUGCCAAUAUUAUCUGCCAGUUGAAAUGGUACAAUUCAAUAUUUCACGAAAUAUUCCUCAAGAAUCUGCACAAUGAUUCUAUCAUUUGGAAUUGGCCAAUCGAUUCAAUCUUACAUUUUUAUUCAAAUAAAAUAAAUGCUGAAGCAGUUUUAACUCAAUUAAAAUUCAAAAAUGCACUAAUGGAAAAUCCCGAAAUCAUUCAUCAUAUCACGACAAACAAAGAUUGGCUAUGUUUAAUUGUUGCUCUUUAUGGAGGAUACAAAAAUUAUAAUACUCCAACAAUUAUUUCAGAGUACAAUGAAAUACGUCAAUAUCUAAGUUUAAGUGAAAAUCAACGAGCGCCAUUUGUCUUAUAUUAUCAAGAAAUUUGGGGCAGAGAUGAUCCUGUCUAUACGAUGGCAGUGCAUGUUGAUACAGCAUUAAAGAAAGAACACUGGAAGGAAAGUCCAAUAUUUGAUAAGAAUGACAUUUACAAAGAAUCAUUUCUAACCGACACAUUAUUUGAACUACUGAAAAACAAAAAAUCUACAACAGAGCUAAUAGAAUACUUACGAAAACAAAUGAACAAUCAAAACUUAAAUACAAGCGAAAAAACAGAAGCAUUACUCGCAUUAAUUGCCUUAGGAGAGUUUGAUUUCGUUAAUAAUAUUUUAAAAGAAGAAAAAACAGUGGUCAAAAGUUUCGGAAACAGAAUCGAACAAAUAAUCUGUAUUCUCAAAGAUCCCAUUGCAAGAUCGUCUUCAUAUAUUACGAAAUAUUUACUUGAAAUUUAUGAUGGCAUAAAAGAAAACGAGAAAAAUUCAAAUCUCAAAUUUUCUGAUUAUUGCAAAAUAUAUUUGUCAAUAAUAGCAAAUAGCGGCGGACUACCGAUUGACACUACGAAGUUAGCAGAAGUUAUGGAUGAUAAUGAAAAUAAAUAUAGUCUCUACGCAGAAUAUUUCGCCUUCAAUUGUACUGGUUUUCUGGAUGAUUUUCAAUAUAAUAUUGCUGUUCUAUCAGCUAGCUUAAAAGAUUCGGGAAAAACUGAUCAAAUUAUGAAAUCAUUUUUAAAAAUUGGUGAUGCAGUUCAACUCUAUAGACCCGUUCGUGCAUAUUCAUGGCCUAUCGAUAUAUUUUAUUUUCCAUCAAGUAAUGAGGAUGAUAUACCCAUAGCGCUCUUCAAUUGUUUAGAGAAUGUCAAUGCCAAUGUAUCAUCCUUGUUGAAAACUGUUUCUGAAAUCUUCAUUAAAGAAGGGUAUUUUACUAGAAAUCAAGAAUUAAUUCCAUUAGUUAUAUUGUUACACUUUGGGAUUAUGUCAGACGACACGGAAAGGUUUAUAAUCUAUAAAAAACUACUGCCCGAAUUAGUUGAUCAAGUCAAUAUCAAAGAAUUUUUAUUUUCUAAAAUACAAUUAAUGUCAAAUCCUUACUAUAAAUCCAGAGCAUUAUAUCAACUAGCCGAGUUUUAUGAUGAGAAAAGUUUUGAAUUAUUAAAUCAAUCAUUUACAUUAAUAAACGACGUUCAGGACCCAACUUUAAAAUUUCAAGUUUUGGAAAAAAUCUUCAAUAUUGUUCACUGUAAGGAUAUAGAACAGAAAUUGUUUAUUCAGCAAAUAGUCGCCGAGUUAAUAUUAACAUUUGACACUAUUGAAGAUCUCAAUGAUCGAAUUAUCGCAUCGGUAAGAUUAUCCUUUUACGGGUCGAGAGAAUUUCGAAAAAAAUAUUUAACGAUUGCUGUAGAAACACUGAGUAGAAUGAAUGAAAACGAUGAUAAAAUCAAAUUCAUUAUUAAAUUAAAAUCUCUAGUAAGUAUUUACGAGGAUCUUCAAAAUAAACUUGAUGAUAUAAUAGAAUCUCUACAAAAUAAAAUUCAUUCUUACUUCAUUAAUUCUUAUUACGGGCGAAUAUUAUUUACUGAACAGUUAAACUUCGAUAGUUCAAAUUCAAAAUUGUCGAUUUCGGACGUCGCAGAAACUAAUGAUACUUCUAAUAAUAAUGAAAUUCAAGCUUUAUUUCUGCUCUAUGCUCAAUUGAGUGAUAUUAAAUCCUCCAUAGGCAAAACAGAAAACUUGAAUCAACUAUGGAUCGAACUUUAUAACGAUCCCAAUGACCAAACAACUAUUGAAAAAGUACUGAAAAUCGCAUUAGAUACAGAAUUACUGUUAACACCUCAAGCAGCCAUUAUUAUUGAUGAAUUAGUACAAAACGGAAAAGAAGAUAACAUAUCAAUUUUAUUUCCAUAUAUAAUAAAGCCAUCAAACGAAGUAUUACCAAUUGUUCAUCGAUGGUUUACUAAUUCGAAUAGCACUGAAAUCAAAAAGUUAGCAGCACUUUUACUUUCUGAAGCAAAACAUGUGUUUGAACCGUUCCUCGAUACGAUUAUUGAAUUAAUCAAAAGUGAUAAUGAUCAGAUGAGAUAUAGAGCUCAACGAAUUUUUCAACAUCCAGAACGCGAUGUCAAAGAACCUGUGAAGAGAAUAUCUGUCAUAGGAGAAAAAACCUUGAUGAAAAUUCUUCAAAACAGAUUAUGCAGAGAGCAUCUUCCACGCGUUCGAGCCUAUCUCAACAGUUUUUUCUUUGACUUACUAUGGGAUGAUCCGAUUGUGUUUCAAAAUCUACAUAAAUCUAUAGAAAAAUUGAAAGCAACAAAUUCUUCUCAUGGAAGAAAAAAGUUCUUUUUUGAUAAAAUUAAAUUCAUCAAUACUCAUACAUGGAAUGCACUCAUGGAAUCAUUACAAUCUUCACAUCAUCCAGCAUACGUCGAAGAAUUAUUUCAAUCAGUCAUGUCAUUAACACAACGUGAUCAAAUUACAGAAGAACAAUGGGCUGCCUUUGCACGAGUACUUUCAGCUACUGACAUCAGUCAAUUUCAAGAAAAAAUAUUCUUCAUAUGUACAGAUGUCGAAAUAGUAGAAUUUAUUAUUCAUCAAAUUUGUACCUUGCCAAUUAGCAAUGAUGAAACAUAUUUUGAACUGUUUGAAUCAAAAUUAAUUCAUGAUACAUCCGUUAGAAUUGAGAAUAUUUUACAGAGUCAUUAUCAACGAAUAAAACAUAUCGGUCGAUGUAGUUUUUAUGGUUCGAAAGAUUCAAAUCAAACAAUACUAAAUGCAUUAAGUUUAGUUUCGAUAAAUAUGGUUAUUAUGGAAAGUUUAAUUCAAUGGUUGAUUCAAAAUAUGGCAAUUUUUCGCGUUUUCGAUUAUACAUGGUUUUCUAUGGUAGUAUGUGAUUGUUUAUUAUCACUGGUUUCCGCCUGUGCUCAAAAAGAAGAUUAUACGUAUCGAAGAAUAACGAAUUCUUCAAAUUUUAAUAAAAUUCAAAUGAUUAAACUUUUAGAAAAAAUGCUCAACUAUCAUCCAUUUUUUUCAGCACGAGGUAACGCUUUUAUAUUACUUGCAGCAAUAGAUCAUAGUGAUCAUAGAGUGAUUAUAAAUGCUAUGAAUGCAUUACUGGAUGAAAAUCUCGUAAAAGAAUAUUCGGUGAUUGGAAUUCCUCUUAUUAAUUUAUCACCAAAUGAUUAUCUUGAUGGUUUAUUGGAAUCUUUGAAAAAUGAAAGUGCGAUUAAAGCUUAUGAAGUAUUAAAAGUUUUUACACAAUUUGCUUUAAAUGAAAAAAUAAGUGAACACAGUAAAUCAAAAAUAAUGAAUUAUUUAGCAAAUGAAAUUGGACAAUUAAAAUCUAAGAAACCGGUUAAUUAUUAUUAUACAGAUAUUAAAAUUCCGUUUACAACAACCUUAGAAAAUGAAUUAUAUAAAGCAUGGAUUAAGAUACAAGGUCUCUCUGGUAAAACACAAUAUUCGGUUGGUUUUGAAGAAUAA